UGUUGGUUCGUCACUAGUUUGACUGGUGUGAGCCGCCGUUAGCUCCUCUCUCACCUCCAGCUCCUCUCUUCUGCCCUCUCCUCUCUCCGCGUGUCGUCCUCGGACUUUGCUGUUACUCUCACACAGUUCUGUUUCACUCCGCUUGAAACAUUUCCUUGCAUGGGAGACCUCACGGCUUUAAAAAUGAGCACUCUGCGGACGUGUAAGGAGCCCUUUGACAGAACCAGCUCUGAACCUGUGGAGGACACAGACACCACCAGCUUUGUGGCAGAAUUUUCCUUGGAGGCCAAUUAUCCAGUGCAAGUGGCAGAUCCUCAUGCAGAUGCUGUGACACUACACCUGAGCUCCAUGCCCUCUGGAUACCUGAAUCCCUCCUCAGACAGAAUAAGACAGCCAGUUGAAGAUGUGGACGAAUGUACCUGCCCAACAUCUACAUCACCUGAUUACCCCAAAGAGCUACAGCUGCUGAACAGCCCCUGUGAAAAGUGCUGCUACCCAGCACCUCCUCCAAAGAUCAGUGACCUCAUGAACGACAAAGAUCUCCUGGACUUACUACGUCUCAAACUGGAUCCGAACCACUGCACUAUCAAAAACUGGAAGAACUUUGCAAGUCGCUGGGGAAUGAGCUAUGAUGAACUGACCCUGCUGGAGCACCGGACCCAGGGCUCUCUGUCCCACAGCCCCACCCAGGAGUUCCUGAUGCGAUACAACCAGAAAACCGUCACUGAGCUCACUGAACUUUGCCGCAUCUACCAGCGCAUUGAUGUACUCAGAGUGCUGCAGAGCUGGAUAGAGAAGGACUGGCCGUCAAGGUGGCAACAGACUCAUUGACCUGUUUCACUCCGUAUAUUUAUCCUGUCUCUGUAUUUUCUUUUUCUUUCAGGGUUGUAUUUGUUGGGAAUUUCUGCCUUUUCAUGAGCUUUGAUAUAUGUUACUCAAUUUCAGUUAGAAAAAAAAAAACUUAGUAGGUUGGGUUCGGGCUUGUUUGGAAUGGUAAAAACCCUGGGUCAGGCUUGCGUUUCAACUGAGAACAGUAACUUCACUUGGUAGUACCGGUGCAACGACAAUGAACGACAUUGAACACAACACAACAGACAACAAUGGAGGUAAUCCAGCAGCUCUUUUUUUCCUGCUCGGUUCGUGACUGUUUGUCUCCACAAGAUGUCGAGCUUUGUAUGAGAAUAGACUGCGGACGUUUGCCUCAACUUCCAUGGGACAUUUACAGCGGUUGUAAGGGAGUGACGGUUUUCUGUCACCUAAUCAGCUGACUAUUGUGGGCGGAGCUGGUCUAGCAAAGGAAUAUUACAGUAAUAACAGUAGGUACCGGUAAUUGCUAAUGGAAACACAAAAAAAUGCCUACCAUACUGUACCAAACCACACCAAACUGAACCGUUCCACAAGGUGGAAACACGACUUUAGAGUCAGACGUGUUCACAGCAGUAGUAGAAUUUCUGGAGGAUUCAACGGAGGGGAGGAGUCUGCCUUCAGCAUGUAGGAGGUGGGACACUCAUUCACUCUCUGAAGAUCAUCCAGAGCUUCUCCUGCAGUAUUUGUGUUUACACAUACAGCCCCUCCAGAGAAUGUCUAGACUUCACUGUGUGUCUGGAAGCAGCUAAACAGUGUAAAAGAAAAGAAAACUGUAUUAGAGGUGCACCAUUUCAACAAACCCCCAUUUUAGUCUGUGUUGUGGUGUCUGGGUCAGGGUUUUGGUUCAGUUUGUUUGGCUCAUUCAGAAGAAGAAAACUACCACUUCCAUUUUCUAAUAUUGUUUAUAGAAUAAUGUUUAACACCAUCAAUCAUGUGUGAAACAUAAAACUAUGUCAAUUUUUUACAAAUUCAUAUUUUCAUUUCAAACACGAAAGGUGAUGUAUGUAAAACUUGUACAAUGGCCUUAAGCAUUUAAAUCGGUGACUGCCAUCCCAGUUGAAAACAUUGUAGAGCAUGGUUGCUGAACACAGACGGAGCAGCACUGUGUUUACACACACAUCCACGUAGAUAACAUCAUAUAGAUCGAGGUGGUUACUUUGUGCUCUGAGCAGCAGCAGAGUCACAGCAGCGGAGAAUCAUCACACGGUGAGAGAAUGAUACGAGAGACAAUAAUAUAAACAGACUGUAAAAAUGUGUGUGUUAGCUAACUGUGGCUGAAACUCACCAUUUUCCUUCCAAGUCCGGGAAUAAAGUAUUGCAUAUUGUCUUCAACUUCAUCUUUGCUCUCAGCAUCUAUAUUUUAAAGCAGAUCCUUCUUUUUCCUCUCUUCUGGUCAAGACAUUUUUGUGAGGGAUACCAAGGCUUUUUUAGGUCCAUUAGACAAACUUUUUUGGAUACCUGGGUGUUCAAGUGUAGCAGGGUUUUUUUUAUUUUUUUUUUAUUUUGACCUGUCCUGCCCAGUAACUACGACAUGUAAUAUGGUUGACUGCAUGCCUGCAUGAGAGAGAGAGAGCGAGGUGGACAAUAAUUUAAAUGUAGUGCAUGGGUUAGUAACAUUGAACAAUUGAAGUUAUAUAAAAUAGACAAAUCAAAACAUAAACAACAUUAGACUGACAUUAGUAUGAUAGUAACAGGUUAAUAACAUUACACAGUUGAAAUUAUAUAGAACCCCACCAGACACCAACCACACGCCCCCCAUCCCAGGGAGGGACAGGCGGAGGCCCACGUAGGGCCCCAAGCCAAGAGGGCCCCCAGAGACGGGCAGACCCCCGAGCUGGUCCAGGGCAGAUCCCCCAAGCAGAGGC